AAAUCAAAAGAAACGUCAAAAACUACCCUCUUGGAACAAGUUAGUUGGUGCAAUGGAAAAAAUACCCCACUACUAAGGUAGAGAUUUUUUGGCAAUUGGAGAGCACAAAUAUAAAACAUUUAACAAAGAAAAGUUGUUGAAAGCAGACGGUUUUUAUUAGAGUAAUAGAAAUAAAUAAUUUGAAGAUAAUUUGUAUUGUUUAGCUAAUAAAUAUAAAAGUUUUUUUAAAGCUAAAAAAAUAAAUAAAGAAAAUUGCAAUAAUGUGGUGACCUUAUUUGAUAAAUAACGAGACAACACAACUCCUAACGUACCCACUCAAGUCUCUAACUUUUUAUAAGCUUUUACUUUCUCAACAACCACACUAAACCUCAAGCUUUGGAGCAAUUUUUAAGUCCCUUAAACGGGUGAAACCACAGCUAAAGCAUGUCCUUGGCUAGCGCUGCAGGAGUUUUAUUAAAGCCUCAAACGCCUUUACAGCAAUUGUUGGAAGACAUUAAUUUUCAACGCAACAAAGAAAUGAGACAACUGCUCAAGGAUGACAGUGGAUUUGUUGUUCUACAAGGCACCACAUAUUGGACAGAUUUAUUUGUACGACACUUUCUAUUUCAAUCGGAGCCGGUCCAUAGUAUUGAUUCGGAUGAUUUAUUAUUUUUUGUACGUAAGAAACAUGUUAAAAGUUCUUCCCGACAUAUGCCAAAAUAUGAGACUGAGGUCGAUGUUUUUCGCAAGGAUUCUCGUAAACUACCCAUUGGUGAUCCCGAUGUUGAUUGGGAAGAAACAGUAUAUCUCAAUAUGAUCAUACAUCAAUUUGACUACACACUCACUUUGGCGAUUUGUACAAGAACUUCGCCAAAAGAGUUGCAGGUUUUGAGACGUCAUUCACAACGUGUUUAUGCCAGUCCGAGUAGAAGAAAAAUGGACACCAAAGGCGAGGGUGAGGAAAUAACAUAUCCUCACAUCUGUUUUAUGGUGGAUAAUUUCGAUGAGGUUUUUAGCGAUAUUUUAGUGCGAGAUGGUGAAAUGGUGUGUGUGGAACUGGUGGCCAAUGAUAAAGAUGGUGCUGUGCAAGGUGUUAUAUUUUUAGGUUCGAUUCGUUAUGAUGCUUUAAAAAAGGUGUAUGACGCCAGGCAAUCUAGCUUAAGCUCAAAAGUAGCACAACGCAUGUCUUUCGGCUUGUUUAGUAGCGGAGCGGGUGUGCAAACACGCUGUGAAUUUGUUAGAAUGAAAGGUCCUCAGGGCAAAGGUCAUGCGGAAAUGGCGGUAACCAAACCUAAAGGUUCGGGCGUAGAAACACCCACCAGUGAACCAGGUUUUUGUGCCACCGACAUGUGGGACGACUGGGAGGAGGAGAACGAUGAUUAUUGCACGUAUCGCCACCAACGUCGUCUUAGUGAUCCUAGUGCUAAUCUUAAUAAUUUCUCACGUUAUGCUUGGCGCACAAAAAACUCUUCCGAUGCAGCUUCUGGCUCAGCUGGUUCUAAGGCUCGUUCCGAAAAUGAGGGCUUGGACUCUUUAGCCAAUGAAGUGUCCGAAAUAGAAGCUGGAGAUUUAAGAGAUGAUCUGCGUCCUGCUUUCUCGGCUUCCGAGGCAAAAAUUCAUACAAAUCCCAACUGUGAAGAGCUUAAAACCUUAUUAGACAAACAAGACACAACAACCACAACUGCUAUAACAAAAACAGCAACACUUGAUCAAAAACCAGAUCAAGAAAAAUCACCAACUAAAGAAACCUCCGCUCUGCUUGAACCAGAGAGUGGUGUACAAGAUGGCAUUGAAGCCACUAAUGAAGCCGUCAUUGUUACAUCUCCCUCAUCAGUAAAUGGCAAGACUACAGGGUGUGGUGGUAACUGCUUUAAGACUGGCAAGAAAUGUAAAAAACGUUGGAUUACCACAAAUUCCGAUAAGAAUACACCGCAAAUGUCGGAAAUAUAUUGUCCUACAUGCGAUGAUUUUGCCAAUGAAACACCGGCUUGUUUGAAUAAAAUGCCCGAUAAGAAAUCUAAAUUAAAGCCAAAAACCAUACUCAGUGUUGAAAGUGAGUUGGUGGUAACAAAGAGGGGUAGUUUGAAAUUUACAGACAAAAAACCAAAUACCACUAUUGGCCGUAGUUCGUCUUUAACGACAGCAGAUCGUAGAUUGAAGAAACCGGAAAUUAUAUUGAAUAGAAAGGAUAAAACUAAAGCCAAAGAAAAGGAAGACAAAACAAAAGAGCCAAACAAAGAGGGCAAAGACAAAAUUAAAGAGAGAACAGCCAAGACAAGUCUCUUAGCCAAAGUAUCUCCCAAAAAGUUGAGGGCCCAAAGAGCUCUCAGUAAUAACAGCACUACAGAGAAAAAUAAAACAGCUCUUAAGAAUAAAAAAGAAAAUAUCAAUAAUAAUCCUGAAACAAAAACAAUUAAGCCGACCAAAAAACUAGAAGAAACUAGAAAAGAGCCAACUGAUUCUUGCCAAGAAUACGAAAUAGCUGACGAUGCUAUUUCCUUAAAUGGGGGUGGUGAUAUAACACAGGUUUCCGAAAGCGUAGCUAAAAUGGUAAUUCUAACCGAAACUGACUCUAUGAUCACUGUUAGAGGCAAAGAAGAAUUGCCGGUUGUAGAACAAACCCCCAACACUGCACAAUCCUCGCCAAUACCUCUGUCACCCUCCUCCAACUCCAAUUCGAAUGAGAGUGAAGCCAAGCCACAAACUACAAUGUAUCAAUUUGAAAAAUGUGUUCGUGUACCUGUAACCGCAGACAGCCAUCCAUUGCAACCAAUAAAUACUGACUCAGAAACUGAAACUGAAACCUGUAAAAAUGAUAAUAAUUCCUCAUUACAUUCCCUACACUUGAAUCCUGGCCAAACCACCACUGACGAACUAAGAUCAUCGCCUCACUGCAGGCCAGCCUCCUUAAAUGAUUGUAAUGGUAAUUGUAAUAAUUCUGCCUCGUGUAGCACUUCACCCAUGUCUCCGCCAUCGGCGGAAGCUGAAGAUUUGCAACAAUCUGCCAAUUUUGCUGCAACAUUGCCACGUACUAAACGUACGGCUGCUAUACAAGCAUUUUAUAAUCGUGCAAUUAAUUUAGUACCCAAAAGACGUACACCAGAUGGCACGACCAUCUACUAUUGGUGCGAUUUGCCCAAAAAAUCAAUAAAAGAACUUGAUGAUGGUGCUUAUAAUCCAUUGUGGGCUAGUCGCGGUUUUGCGCAGUCAUUUCAUUUUUGGAAAGAGAAUCGCCGUCAACAGUCGACUCCAUUGAAUGCAUUCCUUACAUAUGUUACACUGCCUUGGUGGAGUAUAGCUAAAGAUUUAUUGGAUCACCGUGAAACACCCAUAUUAACAUUUUAGUAUUAAAUUAAAAUUGUUUUGUUUAUUUUUUAAUCUAAUUACUUUAUGAGCAUUUCUGACAAUUGAAAAAUGUUCAUAAAGUAAUUGAGAUUCGUGCGAUUUUGCAUUCCUUAUUAUGGUAAAUGUUAUGAAUGUUUGCGAAUCGUAAUUAUUCUGUGUUUCGAUUUUUAAUUGAAUUUUAAAAAGAAAACAAUGUGGCAUUUUAAAAUUUAACACAAAUUAAUAAUUUAAGUUAAUGAAGUCACAAAGUAUACUAUAAAUAUAAGCAAGGCAAAAUCAUGUCAGUCGGCAGAUACAAUUUGCAAAUUAUAUAAAUCAAAAGAUCCUUUUUUUUAUCAUACAUUUGCCAAAAUUAUAUAAGUCAUAUUUGUAUUUGUUACGAAACACAGAAUACAAUGGAAUUGUUUAAGACUUUAUAUCGAAUUCUUUAAAACUAUAGAACAAAAUUAAGGGAUUAUUAUUUAAUUAUUUUAAAAUAAUAGUUUAUGCAGAGUUUCAGAGUAACUUAUUAUUAUAAACAGGGCAAGUUGCACAAACCAAUUAAAAAUAAGCAAGCAAAAAAGCUCAAAAAAAUAAAAAUAUGCUGAAAAAAGCAUGGAUAUGCAUAGGAAAUUAAAGUUUAAAUUAAUUUGAUUGUAAUAAAAAAUAUGGUUACAAAUUACAAUCAAGUAUUUUUUUCAAUUUUUAAAAUGAAAUUCACCCCUAUCGGCAAUAACAUGUGAAAUUUUGUACCCAUGAAAUAUUCAUUUCCCUCGAAGGGAAAAUUGCUAUCGGGAAUAUCAUGAUGAACUUUACAUUCACAAUAGUUGAUUUUGUUCGUAACAGCUGUUUAUUGUUUACAAAAUUCCAUCUAAAAAUUUCACAACAAGGGAAAUUUUUUCACGUGAACAAAGUUGAUGAACGAAAAAAGGAAAAGGGAAAAUAUUUCAUGUGAAAUGUUGAUUCGCGAUAGGGGUGAUUAUCUGCAUUUGUUAUAUAAACAGGCAAAAUAACAAUCAACCCUAUCUGCAAUAACAUGUGAAAUUUUGAUCCCAUGAAAUAUCCAUUUCCCUCGAAGGGAAAAUUGCAAUCGUGAUAUUUCCAUUCACAAUAGUUAAUUUUGUUCGUAACAGCUGCUUAUUGUUUGCAAAAUUUUAAUUUCAAAUUUGAUAAACGUGAAAUGGGAAAAGGGAAUAUAUUUCAUGUGAAAUAUUCACCCCUAUCGGCAAUAACAUGUGAAAUUUUGUUUUCAUGAAAUAUCAAUUUCCCAUAAACUUUCCAUUCACAAUAGUUGAUUUUUUUCGUAACAGCAGCUUAUUGUUUACAAAAUUCCAUCUAAACAUUUCACAACAAGGGGAAUUUAUUGACGUGAACAAAGUUGAUGAACGAGAAAUGGGAAAAGGGAACAUAUUUCAUGUGAAAUUCAAUAUUUUAUGAAGAAAAAAUGUCACAAAAAAUAUGUAUGUUUUCAUCAGACAGACAAACUGGCGGAUAGAGCUAGAACGUCUUUAAAUUACAUAAGGAAUAAAAUUACAUUCCAAGCGAAAAGCUUGAAAAACUUGCCUUGAUUAUAAAACAUCAUUUAUUUUUUGAGGAUAAUUAGCAGAUUGGAAGUUUAUAUUCAGUCCAAUCUAUUUUUAAAUGAUAUUUAUUUGUAUCUCUGAGACUCUAAAACAUUUUAAAAUUUUCUCUUUUUAUUUUUGUUUAUGUUUAUCCCAUGUUUCGUAAAUCGAAAAGGAGUUUAAAAGAAUUAGAAGGAUUAGUUUUUUGCUACAAAUUUAUUCUAUAACUAGAGUAAAGGAAACUGAUAAAGAACUAGUUGUGGCCUAAGAGAGAGUAAAUUGAAUUAAUUUAUACACUCUUUGAUCUACAUUUUCUGUCAAAAUGUUAGGAUGCAUCAGUUGUUUGUAACUCCAUAGAGAAGUGCACAUAGAGCGGAAACUAGAAAAAAAAUCACACAUACGAGUGUUGGUUUUUGUUUUCACAUAGUUUUUUUACUAACACAUUUUACCACUUACGUUUUGGAUAACUGAGUUAGGUUUUUGGCAGCAGAGUUUCCGAUCUAUGUGUAUUUAUGUGUAUAUGAAAAUAAUUUAGUUUUCAAUAAAUUACACUAUGCAACAAAUGAAGACUUUUGGAAAAACACAAGAUCAUGACAGUAUAGGUUCGACUCUACUACCAAAGGGUAGUAAAACCCUAUACUCAGUUUAUCCAUUUUGGUGACCGAUUUUUUUUUAUGGCCCCCCAAAGUUUCUGAAAAUCAGUUGGGCCUCUAAAAAAGGUGUCAUCAGUUUUUGGUUAACAGCUAAUUCAGACUUCGUGAUACGGCUUAACUUUAUAUGGCAAUAAUAUAAGUGAGAUCCCGUAAAAUAAAUUUUGUUAUAAUUUUUUUCCAAAAAAAUGGCUUUUUCGUGCACUUUUGUUGAAAAAAUAUAGGAAGAAAUUUUUUUUUUUUACUUUUUUUAGAAUAACUUCCGGGGUCUCCUAAUUUUUCACUAACAAUAUUUAGCAAAGUUGUAGCUACGGUAAAGUUGAACAACUCUUGAGAACAUAUCAAUCCAUUCUGAACGUGUCUAGUCACUCUAAAUAGCUCUCAAAAACCAUUUUGUAGCUUAAAAAUUUUAGUUUUUUACUAUUUUUUGACUAUAAAACAGAAAUUUUUUGUUAAAAAUGUAUGUUCGAGUGUAUACUUGUGCUGGAAUAACGAAGAAUGGGCAAAUCAUUAUCGGUAUGAUCCGGGCGCAUCACUUUAUCCAAUCUUGAUCACGCAAGACCGGCUUGAUGCAAGAUAUGAAAAAACAUCAAAAUUUUUGAAACUGGGCAAGGUUUGUGGAGCUUCUGAAGAGUAAAUAUAAGCUUUUUAUAUAAGUUUUUGAUAUCGAUGGAAACCUUAUGACUUGAAGAUUGACAUUUUAGUGAAACCUAAAAUUUUGUUUCAAAAUUGGCCAUGUUUGGAUAGGGCUGGGGGGUACAAUGUCCGCUUAAGUUAGUCAAAUUUUACUUUAUACGUCUUUGCAUUAAGUUAUCUUUCCAGGUCAUAAAAAAAUGUGUAUAGUCCCGAAGAAAAUUAGUUUUUUAUAAAAGAGAAAAUAUGGCGACUUUUUUGGGAAAAAACUUAAAAAACACACGCAUACAAAAUUGAAAUAUAUAAAAAUAUGCUUCAUGUUUGUAUGCGUGUAACUUUUUAUAGGGACGAAAUAAUUGUUAUCAGGAUUGUUAUAUACGUCAUAUAUAGAAAACUAAUUUCGACCUUUCGUAGUGCCAUCAUAUAUAAAAUACAAAAAAAGAUCGAGCAAAAUUUAAAAAAAAAUUAAACCCAAAUAUCUCUUGAACUAAAAGAGAUACCUACAGUUAAAAUCAUAUUUUUGUAGACCUUCUCAAGGACUAUCUACAUUUUAAAUUUCAGCUCACUCGGAUCAUAAAUGGCUUUUUGGCGAUUUUUUUUUAAAUGUGUGACAUUGAGGGUCCACUCACUGAUCCCCAUUCCGAACACCUCAGCCGAGUAAAUAAUACAGCACAACAUAGAAGUGUGGACUUGAUCAUACUAUUUUAACAAAAAAUCUUUGUUUUAGCGUCAAAAAAUAGUAAAAACGAAAAUUGUUAAGGUACAAAGUGAUCUUUAUGUGCUAUUUAGAGUGACUAGACACGUUCAGAAUGGAUUGAUAUGUUCUCAAGAGUUGUUCAACUUUACCGUAGCUACAACUUUGCUAAAUAUUGUUAGUGAAAAAUUAGGAGACCCCGGAAGUUAUUCUAAAAAAAGUAAAAAAAAAAAAUUUCUUCCUAUAUUUUUUCAACAAAAGUGCACGAAAAAGCCAUUUUUUUGGAAAAAAAUUAUAACGGGAUCUCACUUAUAUUAUUGCCAUAUAAAGUUAAGCCGUAUCACGAAGUCUGAAUUAGCUGUUAACCAAAAACUGAUGACACCUUUUUUAGAGGCCCAACUGAUUUUCAGAAACUUUGGGGGCCCAUAAAAAAAAAUCGGUCACCAAAAUGGACAAACUGAGUACAGGGUUUUACUACCCUUUGGUAGUAGAGUCGAACCUAUAUAGUCAUGAUCGUGUGUUUUUUUCACUGUUGCACUGUGUUAUCAGUGUUUUUCAUACAAAAAUUAUUUUCAGGCCGGUUUUCUGAAUCUGUCUCUCAAUUAUACAUCUAGCUAUAGUCUAUGCUAAUUACUAUCAUUCCAAACUACUCCUUCUCAAUUCAUUUUCACUCAUUUUCGUUUUACGUUUCAAAAGGGUAUUGUGAUUUUAUUUUUUUAUACAGUGAUAAUUUCUUAUAUUUAAUUUAUAAUUAUUAAUUUAUUUUAUGUACUUAAUUGGCUUAAACGAUUUUAAAAAAAAUUAAAUUUACAUUUAUUUCCAUAAAAUUGUUAUUACUAUGAUUCCUAAAUUUAUCUUACAAAUUAUAUUUAUAUUAAGCAUAUAAUAUCAUCAUACAUAUUUACAUAUAAAUAAAAAUUAUAUUGAAAAUGCGUUAAUUUUACCAACAAUAGAAUUUGAGUAUUGAAAUAGUGUUGAGAUCAAUGUUA